AUGAAUGACACAACCGAUAUUGAUGAUAUCAUCAACAAUUUGCGUGAUGAUGAUAUCAGUAACUUACAUAGUGGAAUCGAAAUUCAGUCUUCUUUAGACGAUUCUUUUCAACAGACCGAUCUAACUGAUCUGAAAAAAGCGUGGUUAGCUGAAAGGAUGUCUCCUGAUAUACUAGCAUUUCAAACAUCAUUAAUUGAUAGAUUGAUGGACCGAAUUCGAAUACAAGCAGCUUAUAUAGAAGAGAACUCAAUGGCAGACUUUCACAACUCCGGGGAUAUCAAAAUGAAACUUCUAAUAGUAGAGUCCGAACUGGAACGAAUAAAAUUCUUGGUACGAGGUUAUCUACGGACCCGGCUCAGCAAGAUUGACAAGUACACAAUAUACAUUAUACAAAGUGGUGAAAAUCAACAAGAAGGAAAUGCUGACCAAUUUGACCUACGUCUGUUAUUAUCGCCUCAAGAAAUUCAGUACAUGGAGCGACACCAUCGCAUAUUACUUAAUCUCUACAAUACCCAGUUUUUAUCUGCAUUACCUGCACAAUUGCAGCGACUUGACGAUAGUUCAGGUGGUAUAUCGAUGGUGGAGGAACCUGAUUUGGAUAAGCCAGUAUUUAUCAGAGUACUUGAAACAGUCGAGAGACCAAUUCGAGUAGGACUCGAUGAAAUCACUUUAGAAAAAGGUAAUAUCUAUGUUCUUCGUUACAGUGCGAUAUCGAAGUAUCUAAUCGGUGGAGAGGUGGAACUUAUCUAA